CGCACGCGCGCAGGGACACAUAGGCGGAAGUGGCCUGCGGGAGCCGGAGUUGAGAGUGCUUUCCGGGGAGGUGACCGCCGCGGUGGAAAGUGCAGGAGUGGGCGAGGAGGAGGAGGAAGAGGAGGUGAUGGCGACGGACCAGGGGAGGGGGAGAUGCUCCGUCUAGCUGAGACGCCACGCAGGCUGCCGUCACCCUUCCGGGUGACAUACCGGCCUUGGGGCCAUGAUUGAUUCCGGAGCGCAGUUAAUCAAGGCAUAAUGGCAUGGACUUGACACAGCAAGCAAAAGACAUACAGAACAUAACAGUCCAGGAAACCAACAAAAAUAACUCUGAAAGCAUUGAAUGCAGCAAAAUAACAAUGGAUCUCAAGUUCAACAAUUCCAGGAAAUAUAUUUCUAUCACUGUGCCAUCUAAAACCCAAACAAUGUCACCACACAUCAAGUCAGUUGACGACGUUGUGGUACUUGGCAUGAAUCUCAGCAAGUUUAACAAACUUACUCAGUUUUUCAUAUGUGUUGCUGGAGUUUUUGUAUUUUACCUAAUUUAUGGGUAUUUACAGGAAUUAAUAUUUUCAGUGGAGGGUUUUAAGUCCUAUGGCUGGUACCUUACCUUAGUGCAGUUUGCCUUUUACUCCAUAUUUGGCCUAAUAGAACUUCAGCUUAUUCAGGACAAAAGGAGGAGAAUACCAGGAAAAACCUACAUGAUAAUAGCUUUUCUAACUGUGGGUACUAUGGGGUUAUCAAACACUUCCUUGGGCUACCUGAAUUACCCUACCCAAGUCAUCUUCAAGUGCUGCAAAUUGAUUCCUGUUAUGCUAGGAGGAGUUUUUAUUCAAGGAAAGCGUUAUAAUGUUGCAGAUGUGUCUGCUGCCAUAUGUAUGAGCUUUGGCCUGAUAUGGUUUACCCUGGCUGACAGCACAAUUGCACCAAAUUUCAACCUGACGGGUGUGGUGCUCAUUUCCCUGGCACUAUGUGCAGAUGCCGUCAUUGGAAAUGUUCAAGAGAAAGCUAUGAAACUUCAUAAUGCUUCUAAUUCUGAAAUGGUAUUGUAUUCGUAUUCAAUUGGUUUUGUAUACAUUUUACUGGGAUUGACAUGCACUAGUGGAUUAGGCCCUGCAGUAACAUUUUGUGCAAAGAAUCCAGUUCGGACCUAUGGUUAUGCGUUCCUUUUUUCCCUCACUGGAUAUUUUGGAAUCUCCUUUGUUCUGGCUUUGAUUAAAAUUUUUGGUGCACUUAUUGCUGUAACAGUGACAACAGGAAGAAAAGCAAUGACCAUUGUACUUUCAUUUAUAUUCUUUGCUAAACCAUUCACGUUUCAGUGCUGCCAAAGGAGAUUAACAUUUGAGUCAGAAGGCUGGGGAAGGAAGACCCACCCUCAAUCUAGUGGGUACCAUCUAAUCAGCUGCCAGCGAAUAUAAAACACGCAGAAAAAUGUGCAAGACUGCCCUAGCCUCCCAGAAAAAGGCGAGACUGACCUAGCCUCCCAGCCUACAUCUUUCUCCCAUGCUCUCCUGCCCUGGAACAUCAGACUCCAAGUUCUUCACUUUUGGAACUCGGACUGUCUCUCUUUGCUCCUCAGCCUGCAGACAGCCUUUUGUGGGACCUUGUGAUCAUGUAAGUUAAUACUUAAUAAACUCCCCUUUUCAUAUAUAUAUAUAAUAUAUAAAUAUAUAAAUAUAUAUAAUAUACUCAUAUAUAUAAUAUACAUGUAUAUUAUAUAUAUUACAUAUAUAUUAUAUAUAUAAUAUACAUAUCUCCUAUUAGUUCUGUCCCUCUGAGAGCACUGAGUAAUACAUGUGACAUUUGACCUAACUCUGGGUAGUUAGGAUCAGAAUUGUACUGCAGACAUUAUGCUUGUUAGCUAUCAUUAAAGAACUAUUAGCAUCGUCUGAACUGUUAUCAAAUGCUUUUAGUUUUCCCAAGUGUUUUUUACCUUAAACCUACUUUAUAUUCUAGAUUUUGAACCCACUUUACAUUCUAGAUUCUUAUUUGAUCAGUAAGCCUAAAAUUUUAGUAAAACUUGACCAGUAAUGGGCCAGUAAUGUGGCUUAGCACACUGCAAAUAUGUAUGCAUUAUAAAAUCACAUUUACUCUUAUAUACAUAGUUGCAAACACUAGUUUCCAUGUCCUUAUGAUGCAUCACCCUCCUGGUACAUCCAUGUGUUCAAGCCAGGGAAGUUCUCCCAAGUCUUGGUAUAUGCUUUUUAUUGGAGUUUCACUAUAUAGCCCAUAGGAUUGAUUAAAUCAGUGGCCAUGUGACUGAACUUUAUCUUCAGCUGUCCUUCCUUCCCCAGAGGUUGGGUUGGUAUUUCAUGGCUCAAAGUCCCAAACCUCAUGGCUCAAAGUCCCAAGCCUACGGUCACAUCAUUAGUCUUUCCAGCAUGGCCAGCCCCAACUCUAAAACUAAUUACAUGGUUAUCAAAUCAUCAGGUUAUACAUUGUGACACUCAAAACCUUUGCUGUGUGUUUUCUUCCUGAUUAAACACUUGAUAAGUUUUCUGUAUUAUGUGUUUGAGCAAAAAUAUUUUACAUUUUCACUUAUUCUGCUUUAUUGUCCCUAUUGACUGUCCCUAUACUUGCCCAUUAAACCAGCUGUCUUAACAUUUGUAAACAGCUAAUGUAGCCUCACUGAUAUGACUGCUCUAUUUUUACUAUAAUGUCAUUUAUUCAUUCAUCUUCACUGGGCCAAAUAUGAACCAGGCAUUAUACUAGAUGCUGAGGAUGCAAAAAGAAUAAACUAUAACCCGUACUCUUGAAAAACUUCCAAUCUAUGGAAGAUUUGCUAUGAUUGUUAUAUAAAAACACAUCACAUUAACCCUAAGUUUUCAGAAUAUUUUGCCAUGGUGGUAGUACUUCUAAAACCACAGUGUGCACAUGUACCACCUAAGGAUCUAGUUUUUUAAAAAGAAAAAACAAAGGAUUUGAAUUCAAUAGGGUUGGGUGGGGCAUGAGAUUCUGUUCUAACACACUUCCAAGUGAUGCUAAUGUUGCUGGUCCAUGAACCAUACUUGGAGUGCCUAGGGUGUAGCAUACAAACUUUCAGAAGUUUUCAAUAUCAGGACAUCUGAAAUUAUCAGAAUAAUUUUCACCCAAGUUUGUUCCAUUUGCUUUUCAAACUUCACAUUCUCGGUGGCCUGCCCUAGCAAACUGAACAGCAAUCUUAUGUUGAAGAGUUGCUGGCAUAAGCAGAAAGAGUUUUUUAAUCAUUGUAGGUGUUUGAAAGAUUUAAUAUUCAUGACUUUCUCUAUAAAUGUUACCUUUUUAAAAAUCUUCAUGAAAGUAAGAUAAACCUGUAAUUCUCUCCCA